AUGCUCCCAAACCCCUAUGAGUGUACAACUAACUCGGGAUUUGGACGGUUAUACGCCUUCAGUGACACACUUCACCGGCAUGAAAUGAGUCACCAUAGCCUAAGAUUCGAUGGUGGAAGGGAUCGAGCUCAUAGGAUUACUGUCAAGACAUUUCGGGCAUGCUUCAAGUGUGCAAGAGCAAGAGUGAGAUGUAGCGGAGGUGCCCCAUGUAUCCGUUGCGAUAAUCGCUCUCUCGAAUGCCAGUAUCCUACCGAAAGACGCUCUAAAUCCAAGGCAACGGAACCCGCAUCUCAGAAGCUACCUAUCUCCAAGGGCGAUGAGCCGCGUUUCCACGAUUUAUCACAAGCCAUUGCUUGUUCCAACUAUAGUUUUAAUGCAUUUCCAGAGGCAUUGGAUGUAGUAUCACAUUCUCUGCCCCUUAACCAUCGAAUGGCCGAUUUACAAACACAAUCCAGUGGACUGGGCCCUUCGAGCAACCCUCCAGGAACCUUAGCAAAUUUAGGAUUCUGUGAGAUUGCCGAUGGCGAACUGGAUGGUAUCAAAGAAGGGAGUCUUUUGGAACCGGAAAUAUUUAAAAUGUUUAGCCUAACUUCACUUCUGUCCCAGACUUGCCAGGCUACUGAUGCCUCAUCUCAAUCCUCUGGUUCCCAGCAGAAUAGUUCUGUUUCUUUGGCAACUAGCAUGGGAGAUGCACAUUUUGUCGACCCUACAUUUAUGUUCGGGAAUGCUAUGAGUGGCUUUCAAUGGGGGGCGGCUGGUUCAAAUAUCGAUGCGGAAAUGGGAGACGCGAUUAACCAGCAGAUACAAUCUACUACCGAGUUUGAUUGUUCGGCGACAUCCGCUGUAAACUGGAUUUCUUCUGAUAUCAUUCUGGAUGCAAUAAACUGCCAAUCACUCCCUUUUGCACUUGCACCAGACAAAGGCAAAGACGUUUCAAUAGACAACACUUUGAUUCAGACGGCUCACUUCCCCCCGGAAGACCUAUUCAUUGCGAAAACUGUCUCCCAGCCACCUCUCGAAAAUAGAUCACAAGGUGAAAGCGACAGGCUCAGUCAACACAUUCAUGCCAUUGUCAAGGGGCUGCCUAUCCCAAAGCUUUACGAUGCAACACUGCAAUCAGCAAAUUGUUUGUACUAACAGCGAAGAAUCUCGACCGUUGGGUCAAACUUGAAAAGGAAUUCAGUGGGGUAUUCUUUG